AUGGGCUCUGAAAUGGACACCUUUGCCGCCCGUUUGGCCAGCUUCGACGCCGUACUCAAACCCGAGAAACGGAGAUCUUCAACAACAAAGGGCUCCAAAGUGAUCGGAUGGCCUCACCAUAGCCCAUCACCAGCCGAGUUGGCCCACGCCGGCUUCUACUAUAAACCAUACGAGACCAACCCGGACAACACAACAUGUUUCCAGUGCAAUCGAGCUUUGGACGGCUGGGAAGAAGAGGAUAACCCGAUAACGGAGCAUCUCAAGCACUCCCCCGACUGUGCUUGGGCGAUUAUUAUGGACAUUCAGCAGCGCAGCUCCAACCCCGCCACGAUCGAAGACCCGACCAGCGAGAGGAUAACCCGAGCGCGACUGGGAACAUUCGGAGCGCUCUGGCCCCACGACGGAAAACGCGGCUGGGUUUGUCAAUCCGAGAAGAUGGUUGAAGGUGGAUGGUACUUCUGCCCCAACGAAGAGAGCAAUGAUCUGGCCAGCUGCGCCUAUUGUAAGCUGUCGCUGGAUGGUUGGGAGCCCAAGGAUGAUCCUUUCGACGAACACUACCGUCGCUCCUCCGAUUGUUCCUUCUUCGUGUUUGCCCAGCCCCCUACGAAGAAGGGCAAAGUAUCUCGAACCAAGAAAUCUCGCACUUCCAAAGCAUCUUCUCGGCUCUCAACUCAAUCUGUGGCCACCGUUGCAUCGGAAACACCUGAAGCGCCCGAGGCACCUGAGGUGCAUGUCGACGAGGCAAUGGAUGAAAGCAUGAUGUCACAGGCGACUGCAAAGCCGAAGAGUACCAAGAAGGGAUCCAAGGGCAAAGGAAAGAAGAGCAAGAAGGAAGAUACCGAGGUGGAGAGCCAAACGGGUGUCGACUCGACAGAGCCCGCGCUGCCAGAGCCGCCAAAGCCCAAACGUGCCGGCAGAGGAAAGAAGCGAGCCAGUGAGGAGAUGGCCAACGAUGACCCAAAGCCUGUCGGCCAGGCGGAACCAGAGCUUGCUGUGGAACCACCAUCUAAGCGUCGCGCUACGCGGGCACGCAGCAGCAGCAUCUCCCAAGGCUUCAAUUACGAGUCGCAAGACCAUGCGAUGCCUGAUGCCCCUUCAGUGGAUGAGGCUCAAGAGGAAGAGCCCAAAAAGGCACGCAAAGCGUCCAAAAAAGGAGCUGCCAAAAGCCGAAACGCUUCUGACGUAUCUGUUACAUCAAAGCCAGCCUCCAAGGCUCGCGUGGGGCGGGACUCGGAGCUCGACGUAGAGCCUGAAGCCGGCCUUGAAGCUGAUGUUCCGGAACAGAUGGAGCCCGAGCCCCAGCCUGAACCAGAAAAGCCUCGUGCUUCGAAGAAGACCAAGUCUAGCAAAAAGUUGAAGGCAUCUGGUAUAUCGUCGGAACCUCCACAAGAUCCGGCGGAUCAUGUAGAUAUGUCUGAGGAGCAGCGAGAAGCACCAGCGUACCAGCCCGGGACGGUUGGUAUGGAAGAAAAUGAAGAAGCGCCAGUCUCAAAGACAAAAUCGAGCAAGAGCUCCAAGAAGAAAGGGACUAAGAAAUCCAAGAAGCAAGAGAGUGUCUGGGAAGAGGGGCCAGAACCUCAAGCCCCCUUGGGAAACAAAUCCGUUGCAGACGAUGUGGCUGAACCUGAAUGGAAUGAGUCUGAGCGCCAUGAAUCAUUUGUCUCAGUGGAAAUCAUCCAUCGCGAACCCGAGCCUCGGCCAGAGCCGGAAGCGGAGCAGCCCAUCGAAAAGCCGGCGAAAAAGAAGUCCUCGAAGCAGGAAGACAAACCCAAGAAGUUGAAAAAGACUAAGAAGGUGUCGGCAUCACCUCCUCCCCCUACCCCCAGACCCAUGGAGGAACAGCUUGUUUUCGAGUCCCCACCUAGAGAUGAAGAGGAAUAUGGGACCCCGGAUGACCUGCUUGAUCAAAUUGAGAUGGUUCCCCCUCCUCAAGCACCACCUCCAGAGGCACAUCAGACCCAUGAGAGGACGCCCGUGCCACCCAAAACGACGAAACGGUUCAGUGACAUUCCCCAAGAAGAACAUCUAGCUCAGUCUUUCACGGAAUCUCACAGUUCUCGGGGUAAUGAGCGAAGGAGGUCUCAACGAGCUUCGCAUACAUCUGAUAGAGAUGUGUCACCUCUCCCAGCAGCUCACCAGAGUACACCAUCUCUCUCACCGCAGUCCUCUGAUGCCGAAAACCGACCUCCUUCCUCUCGCCCCUCGACAUCACGCCCGACUGUUGUUGCAUCGCCACCUCCGGAGAAGACAAUUCAGACUCCACUUGCGGCCAGAACCCCCUCGCCAUCCAAACGGAAUCUCAACGCUGGUUUCCCAGCUUCCAGGCACCCGUGGACUCCUGUGGAUAUUGAUGAAGUUCUGUUUGGGGAAGCCAGCGACAAAGAAAAUGCUGACAUCGCUGGUCUUCUAAACCGAGCGAAGCCAGGGCUAACCAGUCCGGAGAAGAAGAUGACAGUAGAGGAGUGGAUUAUGUGGAAUGCAAAGAACGGCGAGGAGCGGUUGAAGCGAGAAUGCGAGCGGCUCGUCAGUCAGUUCGAGAAGGAGGGUGGCCGGGCCAUGCGGCGGCUCGAGGCCAUCGAGUGCAUCGACUAA